AUUUCUUUGCCAAGCCCAGCGCGCGAUCGCGUCCAAGUAAAGUUCUUGCUGCCAGCUGCACGCACUGGGCAGGGGUGGGUGGGUAGGUGUGCUAGUGCACCCGAGACACUGUGUUCCCUAGGAUUGCUCCAUUACGGCGAUCGUAAUGGGGGUUGGAUUACGCUAUAAUAAGCCCAACGAACGAACGGGCUUGUGCUAUCCGUCCGCUUUUCCGGCUCGAACGCCCAUACGUACGGAUACGUCAACGGCCCGGGCAUUCCCCAUGCAAGCAACACCUAACCCGCAAGAGCCGAAGCUACCUUUCCUACACCCGAACGGAAGCUUCCAAGGGCCAAUCGACAGAAGGCCAGAUCGUUCCUACCUCGAGACUGCUUUUACCGGUUUACUAGCAACCUAUAGUCGACAACUUCCCUCCUCCACAACACCCGACAUUAACCGCCGUCGUUGUAGAUGAUUUGUCCUCGUCUGUCUAGGAUAGCCCCGACCACCUCAUACUUCCCCCUAGAGGAACUUAGUCUGCGUUUCAUGCUAUACUAAACAGCACCUUUGAACAAUACAAUACACAAUACUGGAAAAUACAACACACCAACAUUUCCCUUGAUACUGCACCGAG